CUAUGUAGCUGAAAAUCAUCUUAAUAAGGGUGGUUUGCGUUUGUUUUGGUGUCUUAAGUUAGGAGUAUGUGAUGGUAACGAUAACCAACUUUUGAAACUUUUGGCACUGACUCUGUUAGCUAACGUUAGCUCAGCAUUAACGUUACUAACCGUUCUCUCCAACGUUACUCAGCGGUUUAUGAAAGACAAAUAAGUUGCUACAUUUAAGUUGUUUAACGAAUGUGUAGGCUUGAAAGUGUUUGAGGAAACCUCAGUAACGUGACCUGGUAACUGUCGGUGGUGGUUUGUUGUGGUGUGUGUGCCAUGGUGACACAGGGGUGGGUCUCCUCAAGUUUGCGGUUUUCAAGACAACCGACCCUGUUGCUGUGAAGUCUUCCUGUGAAAUCUCUGCAGUCUUUUUAAAAUCCUGCCUGCUGAAUCGACGGAAUAGAUGUAUCUACUUAUAAUGUGAGGAUCUGCAUCCUAAGAGAUCUCUUCUUCCUAAAGACUGACCUAUGAGUCCUCCUUAGCUGUACCUCUGGACUGUUACCAGCUUACUGACAUGACCUGCCAUCUGUAAACUUCUGUAGCCAUGGCUUUAAAAGUUGCCGUCACUGCAGAGCCAGAUCAACCAGAAAAGAUGCAGAACGUUCCUGUGCCAGGCUGAGACGGCAACUGAGUUCAGAGCUGAGAUCUGUAGGAGCCACCAAUUGGCUAAAAGGUGAAUGGAGACAAGAAAGACCACCACCGCAGGGGUUCUUUCCUGGACCCCUGCCCCGGUCCGCACCUCAAGCACCAGCUCUGUAACAUCUGAGGAUGCAUGGGAGGAUGAGGAUGAAGAACAGGCAGAAAAGGACGAUGACUUUGUUAGCCGGAUGGAUGAGAAUGGCAUCAUUGGACUGUCAGAAGCACUGGAGGAUAUAGAGUUGGGGGAUGCAGAUGCAGAAUGUAAUCCAAACUUGCAUGCUGGACCCCUCAACCCGGAGGAGGCCAAUCUUAGUAGGCAUGAGAGGGAAACGCUACCCGAGGAACUGAGUUACAGCCUGAGUGAACCUCUGUCCCACACUGAAUCAUCAGGAGAGGAUGUGCAAAUGCUGUCACCAUCUGAUGAGUUGAAAGAUAGCUUAAAAGCUUGGACAGUGGAAGAGGAGGUGAGGCAAAGGAAAGGAGAGCAGGGGAUGCAGUGCCUCUCUGAGAACGACAUGACAGAGGAGGAAAAAGAUGGAGUGAAAGCAGGGAUGAGGAGUGGCAAGAAGAGAAACAAAUAUGAACACAGCUACAUUUCCAAAGGAGGGAUUGAGAAGAUCAGCUCUAUACGAUCUUGUAGUGCUCACUUGCUAGACAUGGAAGCUGCUGGAGCCUCCAGUCAUCACCGCCCAAUAUCCCAGCCUGCCUCGGCAGUCACAGUGCCCACCUUCCCUCACCUUCUCCACUUCACUGCUGAGGAAAUAGCUGCAGCCCCUGGGAUUGAAGCUGAAAUUUUGCCAGAGAUGAGCUUCAUAGAAAGUCUUUCAGAAUCACACAGGAGCCACGUAAGCCUCGAGACCAGCCCUCGUGGUCCCAAGAUAAAGCUCAGGGCAUCUCUUCAGCCAGCAACCAUGUUUUCUGAGGAACUCAAGUCAAAUCAUCUCAGUGGAGUAAGUCAUGGGCCUUUAGAGGGAUCAGUUAAAUCAGAUAAGCAUAAGAAACAGCCUACUCCCUCACCGAGGAAGAUGAGGCAGCGCUCUCCUGAAGCCAUACAUUCAAGGACUCGUUCUGUUAGGGCAGACUUAAAAUUAAAACACCAGACCACAAGUCCUGAUGGAGAAUCGAGGACACCCAGAGCCAGGACUGAUGCUGCUGAAGUGGACGAAUCAAGAAAAGGGCCUCUGAGUUACCGCACACCAGACUUCUCCAUGGUGGAGCCCAAGGUCCAUUUCCCCAAAGGUGGUUACAAGCCCCCCAAGAGCAAAUGCUCUUCCAAGAGGGAUUCCCUGUCACCUGAGCCCCCCUUAGUGUUUAAAUCCCCUGCUGACAUUGUGAAAGAAGUUCUACUGAACACCACUGAUGGAUCUCCCGCCUCAUCAGACUAUGACAGGCUACCAACCAGAGCCCUCAACUCCACUGUUCCUCAGGAGUUCAGAUGCCGCCAGCAGGCCACCACACUACUCGAUCAGCUACAGGAGGACUACAACAGACUGCUGACUAAGUAUGCCGAAGCGGAGAACACCAUUGAUCGCCUGCGCCUGGAAGCCAAGGACAGACCUAUUGAGAUCCAGCGGCUAAGGCCCAGACAUUGUCACCACAGCACAGGCAGAGCAGUGAACCUGUAUUCCGACCCCCCAAAGCCCGGCCACCCAGUGCAGUCAGGACUACACCACGGCACUUCAAAGGUCAUGACGCUGGAUUUUCCAAGGGCUCAGAGAACAGAGAUCAACUCAGCCUCUCUUCAUCCAAAUGGACACAGCAGUCAUCAGAGAAGUGCAUCUGCCGGUCCUUCUACAAGAAGCCCGGAACCUCAGGUGGGACAGCAGCUGGCCAAGAUUCUCUACAGUCAGGCCGACAAGUUCCUCCAGCAGAUGCAGACUUUUGAGGAUCUCCUAAAGAGCGAAAAACUCAAACCUUUUGAACAGAUGAAGCUUGCUGCAGGGCUCGAUUCUUUAGAAAGGGGCUACCUGUUAGCGAGGGAUGAACACAAACUCCUGCAGCAGCGAGACGUGGAAAUCAACCACUUUGACCCAGAACGGGAGCUGGAGGGGCUCAUCUUUCAGUGUGGGCUGCAUAUGGAAGAUCUGAAGGAACAUGUGGAACAGACGCGGCAGGAGCAGCCCACCUGUGAGGCUCCUCCCUCUCCACCUCGUCACCCCACCCCUUUAUCUGUUCCCUCUGAGGGGGGAGAAACUCUGACUCACCCACAGAGCCCACCUGUGCCUUUGCUGGUUGAUCCAGGAGAGGCAGCGGCGGUGGAGGUGAGCUCAGCCAGUGAAGAAAGUGAUGAAGAGGAGGCAGAGACGGAGGAUGAAGAAACUCUGAAUUCUCUCUACCUCAAAGCUCUGAAUGGCAAAUACAGACGUGUUGAACAAGACUUCGACACACUAACGGAUCGCUACCAAAGCUUCAAGGAGCUUCCAAAACUUUUAGACCAUAGCCAGAGGGAAGGAGCUCCCGUUUCUGCUGCCUUAAGAACCAACAUGCAGCUUGGGGAUGAAGAGAAAGAAAGACAGGGUCGAGGAACUGGUAACCUGGAAGCACAGAAGAGUCUUCCAAAGAGGAAAGCCAAAUCAGAUUAUCAGGACUCUCUGCCUGUUUGCACCAGCAAAAAGGAGUCCAGAUCUCCUUCAUGCAAGGCCUCUUCCCAGUCAACCAUGCCCCGCGUUCGUCCAGCCAGUAGCAGAAGGAGGUUAGAGGUGGGAAAGUCCCGCAGCAGCAGUCUGAGCAGUCUGGGAGACAUCACUGCACCGGAGACGAGGAGCUCCAAACUCCAUAGUGGAAACAGCAGCGGAGUCCUCUCUCAGGAUGGAAUCAUCUCUCCAGAGACGGACAGCGGGUUUGUCGGUUCAGAGAGCAGCCGUCUGACUCCUGCAGCUGCUCCCUGUCCUCUCCACCAGAGGGCCUCAGAGAGUGUUUCAGCGCCUCAGGAGGGGAAACCUGAGAAGCCUCAGACAGGCCCAGUCUCAGCACCAUCUCCUGCGUCUUCGCCGUCACACAGUCGCACUGCUAUGGAGCCCAAGGGGGGCUCCCGGCUCAGCGCCGUCCAUCCGAGGAGAACCAGACAGGGGCAGAGGAGACGCACCUUCUCCUGCUCUCCACAGCGCUGGGUCAGUCAGACAGAACAAUCCAAUGCAGGGACCAGUGAGUUUGGGCUUGAGAGUGACAGCAAUCACACUGUGUCUGAAGAUGGGCAAAAUAACCAGUGCAUAGAAUCUACCAGCUCCAGUCCAAGCUCCUCCCCCACUGCAUGGUAUUACCAUGGCGAUUCUCUCAGAGCACUGAGCUUCAGUCAGGGGGCCAAUCGCAAUGAUGCAAUCCAGACGCUGCAGACCGAGGUGACCAGACUGAAGGAGAGACUAGAAAGCUGUCUGAGAAAUAAGAAGCCUCUGAGUUCUGUGAGAGCAGCUUUAGCCCAGGAGAACUACACUCACCUCAAUGCGUCUACACCUCGCGUCAGGUCUGGAGUGCGAUUGAGCGAUGCCAGCAGGGGAAGAAGAGACAGACGGACGGUUGAGGAGGUUGAGGAGUCUACACUGAGACGAACAACCAGGAAAAGACCACCUUCUACACGCAGACAAGAACCACAACCUAACAUGUUGACAGAGCCUUCUACGUCCCGGCCCCUGGUGUCCAGAUGUACUCAAACAUCUGCUGCAGUACCAGAAAGCUGUGGUUCCCACACAAAAGCAGUCCGCAGCAGAACACACCCCAGGCAACAUCCUGGUGUGUCUGUACAAGUGUCUGAAACAGCAGAUGAACCUGACAGCAGAAGUCGUCACGCUCCUCUUUGUCCUCAGUGUUUGUCACGUCACCGAGGGCGACCUGAAAGACCAGUUGGUGGCGACACAGAGCCGACCCACUCCUCCCGCUGUCGUCACCGUCUUCUCUGUGGAUGUCCUGAUCCGUACCAAAGCACUGGGCCAGACUCCCCCACACACACAAGCUACCAACCAGCCGAGACCCCUAACAGAGCAGCAAAGAGCAGUCACUUUGCAGCUGCAACUCCAACUGCACUGCUGCAGUGCAUGCCAGUGUGUCCGCCACCACUCCUGUUGUACUCGACGCCCCUCUACGUGUCUCCUAGCAACGACACUGGCACAUCCUCGGGGGUCAGAGGUCACAGGGAGGUGAGGGCGAGGACUAGACGCUCCAUGUCUGCUGACAAGCAGCGCUCUUUGGACAGCUCUCUGAACAGAGCCAUCAGAGCAGCCCGGCACAUGAAACACACCUCUAGACACAUGGCUCGCUCUCUGGCUACUGGACUGCACUACCAGGAGCAGCUGACUCAGUCCUGCAGCUACUAGUCUGGUCGGAACUCACUUCCCAGGCAGAUUAGACCAAGCGCCAGUUCAGCUGCAGAAUGAGGCUGUCCACAUCACCAGGAGCCACAAGCAGUGAGCGCAUGACCAAGUGAAUAAAAAGUCGAAAGUCA